CCACCGAGGCGUGGCGGAAGUGACGUAAGCUUCCGGGGCGGGCGGGGCGCCCCAAAAAUCCUCUUUCGGGGUUAUCUGCGGCUCGCAUGGAAGCAAAGGCACUCGGAGCUGCAGCACCCCGGAAGCCUGUCUUACCUGUCAGUGCAAGAAGAAUUAAGGACAAUGCAGCCGAUUGGCACAAUUUAAUCCUGAAAUGGGAAGCCCUGAAUGACGCAGGUUUCGCCAUAGCCAACAGCAUUGCCAACCUGAAAAUCAGCUUACUGAGUAAAGACAAGGCAGAACCGGAGAGCAGCAGGCCAGCCUCUGGGGAAGAUGAAGGAAAGACAUACCCGUACUACGACAAGGAACUCGAGACACUGUGUGAGGAGCUACAGGCAACCUUGAAGGGUCUGACCAAAAUACAGGUGAAAAUGGAAAAGCUGUCUUCAACCACCAAGGGAAUCUGUGAGCUAGAAAAUUACUACUACGGGGAGGACAGCAGACGGCCUCCUCUGUUCCACACCUGGCCCACGGCCCACUUUUAUGAGGUCUCCAGCAAGCUCUCCGGCAUGUACAGGCGGGAGCUGCUCCUGAAGUGCACAGUGGGUGCGGAGCUGGCCCACACCGUAGACCAAGACCUGAUCCUGAGCUACCUGUCCAUGUGGCUACACCAGCCCUACGUGGAGCGCGAGGGCCAGCUGCUUCUGGAGACCAUGCUGCUGGAGACUGGCCACCGCGUACUGUGACCCCGCUGGUCCACACAGGGCCCCACAGCCACCUUGGGAACCUGGAAGCUGCCACCUGGGAGCCCCUCUCCGGGACAGAACUGGGUCCCAAACAGGACCGUGGGGAUCUCGCUUGUGUCACUGAGUGCACACUCGUGCAGAAACUCCUCCCUUCAUAGCUUCACUGUGUUCCAGCCUAUAUUUAAGUUUUUAUGAGAAUGUAUGAAUUCCCUAAUUAGGAAUAGCAUAUAAAGUUGCGUGGAGUUUGGCAUCCUAGAGACGAAAGCUACCUCUCCACAGUUGCCACGGUGUGCACGCUGAAGGAGCGGGUGGCAGGCCAGGAGGAGCCCGGGUGUCCCACCACACAUGCUCUCUGUGACCCUGCAACACCGAAUAAACACAGCAUGGGGGUUGGAGCCUGGCCUUGAGCACUCCAGGCAAAUGCUCCACCCCUAAGUGACAUCUCCAGCCCCUUCCAAGUGAGCUUUUGUGCCAU